AUGAGGAUUUUUGGAAGGUAUUACGUCUAUCCGAGACAGCUGGUGCUCGCAGCUUCAGGGUACGUCUUUCCGUCCGACGCUCCACCCCGAAUAUUCAUCGGAAAAAUUAGGGAUCUCGUUGGCGUUCCGACUUUCCAUAGUCAAUCUAGCUCCUUAUCUGCGAAAUUGGGGGUUUAUGCUCGGUUGGAUUGUCAUCGAGCGUCAUCGGCCGUGUCGAUUAGAAUCUCUGUCGUCUCCCCUCUGGGGCUGACUCCUUUCCUGUAAUUCCCGAUUCACAAUCGGAAAAGGUAACGAUGACAACGACAAAUGGAUGGUACAGGCUGCUGUUCUUGGGCGCCACGACGUACGACGUCCACAGGUCCAUCAAGAACAACGAGCGACCCCCCUCCGAGGAGCAAAUGCGCUAUCUCGACGACGUCCUGAGAUCUUCCGGCCGUCCUCCGCCGCCGAUGCCGGCGCCUCCGUCGGAUUCGAGGUAG